AUACUAAAUUUCUAGAUGCAAUAGGAAUAAAGUCCAAGUCAAGAAUAUGAAUUGUGCAUCUAGUUUUAUAAUUAAUUGGCUGCCUAUACACUCUUUACUCACGGUGCUCACAAUGCUUGGAUAACCAGCGUUGCCUAUUAUUGAACUGCAUUAAAUCUUUCUUAAUAAGAAGAUACUUCCUAGCAAGGCUACCAAAGCAAAAUGAAAGGAGGUACUCUGUGGGUGCUGAUUGCAUUGGCUUAUCAGUGUUGGGGAGCUCUACGGAACAGUAUCUCACUGGCGCAUGCUUUGUCCCCUGAAGUUUAACUCUGGUUUCAGUGUAUGUAUCUUCUCCCAUGUAUGGCUGCAUUCUAGUUUUUUUUAAAUUGUCACUUGCACUAGUUUGUUAUCACAUACACUGGAGUGCAGGGAAUUCUAGUUUGCAUGAAGCUCACAGAGAAAACAGUGUAUGAUGAAUGCAGUUUAUAACUGUGAAUCGACAAAGCAGCAGAAUGGUGUAAAGGUUGUAGUGCACAACAGGAAUGUUGAAAUGACAAAAAUGAAAUAACCAAAGAGAGGUGGAGUUGUAAGAGGGUACAAGAGCUGUCAGAAAUGAGAGGAUGUGGCAGCCCCACCAGGAGGGGAGUGUGAAAGACAUCGUGGGUUCAGGGGUCUGAUAGCAGUGGGGAGGAUGUUGUCCACAGGUCUGGACUGCUUCAAACUCCUAUAUCUUCACCUGGGGGUAGAAGAGAGAAAAGGAAAUGGCUAAAGGGGCAGGCAUCCUUGAUGAUACUGCUAGUCUUUCGGAGGCAAUGCACUGUAAAGAUGGAAGUAAAUGAUGAGUCUAUGGUUUAACAGGGGAAGGUCAGACUUGGAGAUAUCAGUUGCUCAGUAACCCAGCAUCGUAGGGAGAGAGAAGCCAAGUUAGUGCAUAAGGUAACUCUUUCAUUAGGCUCUAAUUUGUCAUUCGCUCUCCACAGACGCUGCCUGACUUGCUGAGUCUUCCCAGGGUUGUUUUUUUUCCUGCUUCAGUUCAGGCUUGGAGAAUCUGCAUUAUUCCACUUUUGGAUGCGAGUAGUGAAGUUUCCUGUGGCUUAAGAACACAGAUUUUGUUCAGAGUUUGCCAAAGUGACUUAGGCAUCAUUGGAUUUCACUGCCUCUGGAUUUGUUGAUGAUGUUGCAUGUGCUGAGAACUAAGCUGUUCUUAGUAUUAACCUGUUUGCUUCUCAGCUGUUAAUUCUAUUUAUUUUUAAAUAUUUCUAAAAUGUAAAUGCUAAUUGCUGUAGGAGACGAGGCUUGACACAGGUAAAAUUAUUCCUUCUGAAUUCCCAAUGCUUAUGGCAUUACUAAGUUAUUUAAGCUCUCAGUGCUAAUUUGGAAUUAAUCUCUCCUAACUUUUUCAGAAGUACAGUACUAGUGAGCAGUUACACUAAGUAGCAGAGCACUCUUUGUAAUGUCAAAUCUACUGUUGAGGAUUGGAGCAGUUGAAUUGAUGGCAGAAAUUUCCAAGCUUUCAUGCUUAACUGUGUGCAUAUGGAAGACAAAGGAUUUACUCAGUGUCAGGAACACACAAAAAUUAUUGGAGGAACUCAGCAACUCAGGCAGCAUCUUCAGAGGGGAAUAGUCAACAUUUCAGACUGAGACCCUUCAGGCUGAAACGCAACUGUUCGUGCUACCUGACUUGCUGAGUUCCUCCAGCAUAUUGUGUGUGUUGUUCAAGAUUUCCAGCAUCUGCUAAACCUCUUUCUUGUGUUUACUCACUGUUAGCAUUCAGUUUAACACUGUUGAUGGAUUUUGUGCAUUUCCCAAUGGUGAAACAAAACUGCACUCCUAAUUGCAGAUUUGCACUCGAUUCAGCACUCUGAAAAUCAGCGUGAUUUGGAAUGUUACAGGGAACUUUGUAAUGUCAGGCUUCUGCUAAAAUUAAUUUCAGCAAUCUAGGAUAUAAGGCAGCAAAAUCUUUCUUUCCCGAGAUGGGAAACCCAAGCAUAUGGUUGACAUGUAAGCAGUUCAUUCCUUGUGGCUCAAGCAGGUCUUGAGUCUGUACAUUUUCAAGAAAAAAAUAGGGGAGAAAAUAUACAGUGGUGCUAGAAAGUUUGUGAAACCUGUAGAAUUUUCUCAAUUUCUGCAUAAAUAUGAUCUAAAAUGUGAUCAGAUCUUCAUGUGAGUCCUAAAACUAGAUGAAGAUAAACCAAAUAAUAAACCACAAAAACAUUAUACUUGUCCAUUUAUUUAUUGAGAAAAAUGAUGCAAUAUUGCAUGUUUUUGUUGGAAGAUGUAUGUGAACCUCUGUGGUGAUGCCUCCUACAAAAGCUAUUUGGAGUCAGGUGUCCUAAUCAAUGAGAUGAGAUUGGAGGUGUGGGUUGUAGAGGUGCCCUGCCCUAUAUAUAAUAAUAAAAAAACACACACACAAAGUCAGGUUACUGUGUUUUGGAAUGGCUGAGUCAAAGUCCUAACUUCAAUCCUAUAGAAAUGUUGUAGAAGGACCUGAAGCAAUUGGUUCAUGCAAGGAAGUCUGCCAACAUCCCAGAGUUGAACCUGCUUUGUAAGGAGGAAUGGGCUAAAAUUCCUCCAAGCUGUUUUGCAGGACUGAUCAAUAGUUACCGGAAACGUUCAGUUGAAGUUAAUGCUGUACAAGGAGGUCAGACCAGUUACUGAACAUAGAAAUCUACAGCACACUUCAGGCCCGAUAGCCCAUGAAGUUGUGCCGACCAGGUAACCUCCAAAGAUUCCUACCUGAAAGCAAAGGUUCACAUACUUUUUCUAACAAAUACAUGUUAUACUAGAUAAUUUUUCUCAAUAAGUAACUGAACAAGUAUAAUAUUUUUUAUUAUUGAUUUUAAUUGGGUUCUCUUUAUCUAUUGUUAGGACUUGCAUGAAGAUCUACUCACAUUUAAGGUCGUAUUUAUGCAGAAACAGAAACUUUUACAGGGUUCACAAACUCUCCAGCACCACUGUAAUAGUCUGAUCGUCCCAACAGGCAAGCCAGACAGACCACAUGCAUUGAUUAUUAUCGGAGCUGUGCGUACUGGAGCUUACAUGGUGUAUAUCCUGACAACUAGCGGCCUGAAGCAGUCGGUGUGUGAUCAAGGUUUCUACAAUGGGCCCAUCAGCAAAUUCUGGGCCUACGCAUUUGUGUUGAGCAAAGCGCCUGAGCUGGGAGACACGAUUUUUAUUAUACUACGGAAACAGAAGCUCAUCUUCCUGCACUGGUACCAUCACAUCACAGUCCUCCUUUACUCCUGGUACUCCUACAAAGACAUGGUGGCCGGAGGAGGGUGGUUUAUGACCAUGAAUUACGGCGUGCAUGCUGUCAUGUACUCCUACUACGCUUUACGAGCUGCAGGUUUCCGAGUCUCGCGCAAAUUUGCCAUGUUCAUCACAAUGACACAGAUUACCCAGAUGCUGUUGGGCUGCAUUGUUAACUAUUUGGUGUACGAGUGGAUGCAGCAGGGCCAGUGCCCAUCUCACAUGCACAACAUUGUCUGGUCCUCCCUCAUGUACCUCAGCUACUUCGUGCUUUUCUGCCAAUUUUUCCAUGGGGCUUACCUGAGCAGCAGCACCAGGAAAACACUGAAGGCCGCCUAGAACCGAGUGGCGUAAACUUACAGCUCAGGGGAUGAGUCAUGUGGCACGGUGACAUGUUUCGAGUGCUUCAAAAUGACAGCCUGUACUCAUUAGGUUGGGUUAACCCAUUGAGCUUCCAAUACCUCAUUGAGAUCAUCUUUGGAAGUUUUAAAUGCCACCGAGCAAAUGAGAAAGUGGUAUUGUGUGAGAGGUUGCAUAUUGAACUGUUAGAUUUCAGUAUUGGUGCUUUGCGAUCUGAUUUUUUUAAAACUGACAACUGAGGUAUGAAAGGAGCUUAAAGGGUUAACUCAAUUAGUCUUGAAUCAGAAGGUUUUCUGAAGGCCAGCUAGAACAACCAAAAGCUUCAAGGAAAGAUUAAUGAUUUUAAAAUCUUAAUUUUAUGUAUUAAUCGGAAUCAAAUGGUUCUGCACUGAAAAUUGCUAGCAAAUUCUAGACCAUAGAGUCUCUGCCCACUAAAAUGUAAUAUUCUGCCUUUAGAAAUACCCACUUUGAAACACAUGUAUUUUUUAAGGGUAUUGGUUAUAUAUUGUAUGGCCUCUUAAGAACUACCAUUUGAACAGCAUAGUUCUACUUAAGAGAAAUGGUGAUUUGUCGAAGGACAAUAAGGUAUUGCAUUUUAGAGGUGAUCAGAUAUUCCUAAAAGAUUAAAACACUUCUUUCAAUGUAAUUUCUCAUAUAGAUUUCCAUCCUGAAAAUUAAUAUUGGGCUGUGUGUAAUACCUGUAUGAAAUUAUUUUGCCUUUUUAUAUUGCUGAAAAAAUAUCUAAAGUAAAGGGCAGAGAAAUUUCGUACAAAAUGCAUCCACAGAUUCAGCUAUUUCAUUUGUGCAAAAGUACUGAUAUUUCAAAGUGCAUUUUCUUUGCACUUUGUAAUUGAGUAUACCAAAUGUGUCAAUCUGGAACAUCUACCACUAUUUGUCACUUGGCAUCUAGGAACGUUUUAGACUUCUUUCUUUAACUUUUAGUUUUCAUGCUUCUUUUCUAUUUUAAGUCACUGAAAAUUUUGUGGACUGUUGAUUCUUUCUCAAACCACAGUAGGAUUAGAUGGGUGUUCUGCCAAGCUCAUUUGCUUGUGUGGCUCUCUUUCCAACCAUUGUUGCCUGUCAGAUUGAUCUCUGUACCGCGUUAAUGAUAUUCCAUUCCCUCCUCAUUCUUGCUAAAGUUGAAACACCUGAAAUAUGAGAGCGAUGGUUAUUUGUGUUAGAGCAAAUUAAGCUAAGCAGUUUGAACAGUUGUAAUUUAAAAAUUAAAGCAGUUUGUGGGGUGUCAUAUGCACACAGCAGAAUUUGGGUUCCACAAGAAUAUUUAUAUAAACCUGUUAUGGGGUAAUUUUACAGAUAUUUUUACUUGUAUUUUUUGAUACUGUGGUCUUAUUGAUAAAUCGUUCAUUGUAAAUAAAUAAAGGCACGGCAGCUUUGAGAAACGAUAUUUAACAUUUAACCUGCUAACUACAGGAGAUGGUGACUUAAAAAUUAUUUGCCAUUCCUGUUAUUUUCAGAUUAAGAAACUCGCUCCUAAACAUGUUACUUACAGAAAAAAAAAUUCCUAUUUUAUGCUGUGAUGAUUUUGGAAGAAGUAAUUGAAACAGCUAAAAUGAUGUAACUUGCUGCUCCAGUUAUUUAACACUGUAUAUCCAAGUAUGUUAAGCACAGACAAAGCAUCCUCUCAACUAGAACUCGUUGGUUGUUUCCUAAAUUACAAUGUGUGAACUGCUGUUGCUGAAACAAACAAUAAAUAUUUUUAAAUGGG